GGGGAACUAUUAAUUAGAAAAGAAUGACCGAAAAAUUACCCCAAUUACCCCAGCCCUUCACCCCAUCUCCCCUAUCUGAAGAUCGCAAUUCCCCUUCAUACGUCUCCUUCCGUCUCUCUCUGGGAUCUGCAAACCUGCUCAUCUUACGGCUCCAGAACCUCCGGUUCAUCAUCCCUCCCCCAACAACCAACAAUGAAUCCUGGCCGACAACCACGACUAAUGCCUUCGUAAACCAUGAUUCCGGCUGCUUGCGUCUCCUUCCUUCACUCUUCUUCAGUUCUUCUCCUUCCUUAUUCUCCACGGUGAAAGUGAAAGGUUGUGGUAUUGGAUUGAAGCUGGCGGCUAGGGUCUGGAAGGCGGCGACGAUAGGCGAUGGGGUCUGGGAGGCUGAGAGGGGAGGGAUCUGAGGAUAAGAGGGGGCUAAGAAGUUGGGAGGGAGGUGCAGGGGAGGGGUGCAGAGUACUGGUCAAGGAGAAGGGGAAAGGAGAUGAUUGCAGGGGUGGCCAGCGGAGGCCGGGAGGGGAGGGGAUGGGGUGGUGCUGGUCACCGGCUGUGGCCGAAUGGGGGGCUGGAGAGUUGGGGAGGGGGCUGGGGAGCAGAUGGGGCGGCAUUUACUGGACAUGGCAGUGGUGGUUGCCGGCGGUGCCGGACGUGGUGGUUGUCGGUGGUUGUCGGUGGUGAUCGCCUGCCGUAAUGACUGGACAUGGUUAGGUAACUGUAACUGAUCAGGUAACUGGCGGGUCUGGUAACUGAAAUUAGUCGGGUGACUGUAAUUGAUCGAGUCAAGUAACUAUAACGCAACGUGUAAUUGUUAGGGUCAUGUAAAUAUAAUUGGUCUAGUAACUUGUCAGAUCAGGUAACUAUAACUGGAGCGGUAGUGACGGGAAUACUAGUCACUGGAACGACAAUAACCGAAAUGGUGGUCACUGGAGCAGUGGUAACUGGGACGGUGGUCACUGGACAGGUAGUAACUGAGAUGAUGGUCACUGGAGCGCUAGUAACUGAGAUGAUGAUCACUGGAGCGGUAGUAACUGAGACGGUAGUCACUAGAGCGGUAGUAACUGGAAAUCAGUCAUUGGAGCGAUUGUAACUGGAACAAUUGAUGAAGCUAAUUUUUAUGUAAUAAUUAAAUACUUCCUCCGUUCUUAAAUAAAUGCAACAGUCAACAUUUCACAUUUGCCAAGACACGACUUUGACCAUUAAUAUAUAUAAUUAUGUAUUAGUAAAAGAAUUAAAAAAAUUAGAUUUUGAAAAUUU